AUGGGGAUGGGGAAGGAAAGGGACCCCGGGGGUGGCCGAGCAGCACCGCUGUUGCAUGCAAAGCCACGAGGUCGCUGCAAGCGAGCUGCUGCCUCCUCGCCGCGCUGCGUGCCCUUCCUGCUGGCAGUCGCGGGGCUGGGACGCCGCUGCCGCCGCCCGGCAGCGCCGGGGGAGGACGGCGGGGGUCUGGCGGAGGCGCUGGGCGAGUUCGACGCGGUGCUGGAGGAGUUCUCCUGCCCCGCCGGCCGGCGCCGCUUCUUCUACGGCGAGCACCUGGAGCGCAUGAAGCGGCGGAGCAGCGCCAGCGUCAGCGACGGCAGCGGCCUCAGCGAGUCCGACAGUGCGGAUUCCCUCUACAGAAAUAGCUUCAGUCUCAGUGAUGAAAAGCUCAACUCUUCAACUGCAUCUACUCCAAGCUUGCCAUCCCCUUCAGUAACUCCUUGUAAAGCAAAGCUUGGAGACACAAAAGAACUGGAGGACUUCAUUGCUGAUCUUGACAGAACACUAGCAAGUAUGUGAAAUGAGUUUUUCAGCACUGUGCUUGCAUGUGAAUGUCCUCUGAAAGUGACAUCAGUCAGUGAGAACUGCUGCCCUUGUCUGAUAACUUUGCUCCCCAAGACACCCUCUGAACAUAACCUUUGUGAACUCCUACAAGUAUUUAACUGGCAACAUUGGUUUUGGAUUUUGUUUUUGGUUUUUUUUUUCAUUUUGCAGCAGAUGGAAUAAAAACUUAAAUGUUAGAGCUGUAUUUUGCUUUAAAAUAUAGCUUGAAUUUUAAUUUAAAGUUGCUUUUAUGCAAAUAUAUUUGUAAUUUUAUAUAGUUAAAGACUUUAAUGCUUUUUUUCCAUUAUAAUAUAUUUUUGUAUGCAAAUAAAUCCUGAACUGGAAUCCAAAUGUCUAGAAGCUUCCUAUGAACAUGCAAAUUCUGAAAUAUAAGUACAAAUUAAACUUAUUGAAAAUGACAUGCUUUAAUAUAUCUUGGUAAUGGUAUAUUUCCUGGUGGGCAAAAUUUGUUAUGCUGGUUUAAUGUGGCUGCUUAAAUAAGAGAACUUUGUACUAUGUAAAAUUAAUACAAUCAGGAAAAUAAUAAAUUGGG